AUGUCCCGACGAAUAAUUGUCGGACCGCACGGUCGGUUCGCCAGAUGCUGGUUAGGUCUCCGACCGUCUGGCGCGAACUUAUUAUCACAAACCCCGAGACUGUCACAGCCACCUCUGCGCAUUGGACACCCGCUGAUCGGGAAAUCUGCGUUCACGAGAUUCUAUUCUCAAACUGGCAGCCUGUCCAAAACCGCCAAACCAAAAACAGAAGAUGAAGCCGAUGAAGCCAAAGAAGAUGAUCCCGACCCUGAUCAGCUCCUCGAGGAGCCCGCAGCCAUCGAGUCCUCCCAAACGCCGUCUACCGCCAACGAGAGGAUUUCGUGCAUCUACUUCCAAAAAUCCGAUCCCCUGGCGUCCAAGUAUGCAGAGCUCACCAAGACGGAGAUCGCAGCACAGUUCGACCUACGGUAUCGAGAUCUGCGCGAUAUCGACUUGCGCUCCGAGGCGGUGACGCGGAUCCUGGUCCGGCCCGCAACCAUCUUGGUGCAGUUCUUUGAUUUGUGUAUCAUUAUCCAAGCAGACGAGGCGUUGCUCGUCAAUGGUAUAACGAAAGAUACUACCAACAGCAACAGCGCCACCAAUAGUGCCGGUACUGGUACUAAGUCCACCAGUGUUCUCGAACAUGAUUUCAAAAGGAGACUAGUCGGUUUCAAUUCCAGCGAAGCAACUCUGUCAUCGGAUCUUCCAUACGAACUACGCGCCGUGGAAGCCGCGCUGGUUGCCGUCCUCUCCACGCUGCGUGAAGAACUCAUCGAUGCACGCAAAAAGGCCGAACACAGCGCACGUGAAUUACGUCUGGAAUCUGGUCUGGCCGCUGUCGGGAUUGACCUGCUGUUCGAGCGUUCACGACGCCUGGGCCAGAUCGAGCAGAAAGCCCGUCUGGUCCGUGAAACUAUCCGUGAAGUUCUCGACACCGACGAAGAUCUGGCCUCUAUGUACUUGACCGAUACGCGCGCCGGGAAACCUCAUGCCGUAAGUGAUCAUCAGGAAGCAGAGUACAUGCUAGAAGCGUAUCACAAGGCAGCCGAUGCACUGGUGGAGUCUGCAGCGGGGGCCAUCGGUGUCAUUCGCAGGAAGGAGAACACGUUCCGCUCGGCUCUUGCUGUUCAACGGAACCAGAUCAUGUUCUUGGAGGCCCGGAUUGCCAUCCAUACUCUGGGAUUGGCUGCAGGUACUUUGGUCGCGGGGCUGUUUGGUAUGAAUCUGGUUAAUCAUGCGGAGGAUUCGACUUGGGGAUUUCCUGCCGUUACGAGUGCUUGUAUUAUCCUGAGUGCUUUGUUCUCCAUCUACGGGGCGCGGAAACUUCGCAGGAUUCAAACUUUGAGGGAGAUACAAGGGUAUAGAGGGGGCAGACGAUAG